CUCUCUCAAUAUAUACAUUUUCCUUCUUUCUAACAAACAAAAAACUUACGUUUGCUUUUUCAUUUUCAAAAUAUGAAGAGAGAAAGAUCCGAGUACGAAGAAUCCAUCAAGAAUCUAGACAUUACUAGAUGUUUGAUGAUACUAACACAAACCUCCAUGGUCAAACAAGUCGAUGUGAACCAACAAUACACAGAGCGGAAUACAAGUAACCGGUUCGAAUGCAAAACGUGUAACCGGAAAUUUUCUUCGUUUCAAGCCCUAGGUGGCCACCGGGCAAGCCAUAAGAAGCCAAAGCUAUCCGUUGACCAGAAACAUGUUACCAACAAUUAUAAGGAAACUCAUAUGCACGAGUGUUCCAUAUGCGGUCAGAGUUUUGGGACCGGACAGGCUUUAGGUGGUCACAUGAGACGGCAUAGGUCAAGCAUGACGGUGGAGCCAUUGCAGACCAUCUUUCCCGUGGUUUCUAACGUACCGGUUCUGAAACGAUGCAGUAGUAGCAAGAGAGUUUUGUCUUUGGAUUUGAAUCUAACUCCCUUAGAGAAUGAUCUUGAAACUAUUUUUGGGAAGACGUUCUUUCCGAACAUAGAUAUGAAGUUUGUUGUUUAGUUUUUUUCUUUUUUUUUUUCUCAAUCAUUUAGGUCACUGUAAUUCUUUUGUAUUGUAAGUCUCCCAUUCUUUUAAUUAAUUCUUUCAAACGUUAUGUUCA